CAUGUGAAGACAUUUGAUAAAAUCACCUGGCAUCCCUGUAUCCAAGAGCUGUCAAUCCAUCAUAUUGUUUACUACCAACGGGACUGAAGCGAAAGCGCAAAUAAUACUGGAACGAAUACACAAUCUAAACCUCUAUAAAUUGUUUUCGCCCGUUCGCCGCGUAAUAAUGUCGUUAAGGAGCAAUCUUCCGGAUGUUGUGGGCGAUGGACACCAAACAAGCGUCAUUCCUGCUCCAGAAGUACAGCUCACGUCAUCAAAUUCCAGCUUCGGAGAUGGAGAAAGGAGCUCUGGCAAAUCCGCAGGUCUCGUUCUAGCCUCGGGUGAAAGCAAUCAUAGUUCAAUAGACAUGCGUUCAUCAUCGAUGCCACCGCCAGAUUUCUCACAAUUCGAUGACAGUGAAGACGAUGAACAGUACCACAGCAGUGGAUUUCACUCAGAUAAUAUUAGUAUCGAGAGAAUCCGGCAGUAUCUAUCAGACAAGUUAGGGUUUUAUUCUUCCGAUAGCUACGAUGAUAAAGAUGGUACUCCACGAAAGAAGGUGCUCGAUACAGUUGAUAUUGAUGGAGUAAUACAGCACUGGAAAAACGGCGGCUUCAAGAAAAUUGUCACAAUGGUUGGUGCCGGGAUUUCAACCUCUGCUGGCAUACCCGAUUUUCGAUCUCCCGAUACUGGUUUAUACAACAAUUUGAUGAAGUACAACUUGCCUUAUCCACAAGCUAUUUUUGAGCUAGAAUAUUUCUAUCAAAACCCGAAACCAUUCUUCCAGCUUGCAAAAGAGUUAUACCCUGGAACGUUCAAGCCUACACCAUCGCACUACUUCGUAAAAUUGCUGCAGCAAAAAGGAUUACUUAUUCGUCACUACACACAGAAUAUAGACACCUUGGAGCGUAUCGCAGGUAUUAGCGAAGACAAGAUAGUAGAAGCUCACGGGACAUUCUUCACUAAUCAUUGCUUGCAGUGUAAAAUCGCUUAUCCUCUAGAAUUCGUCAAAGAGAAAAUCUUCGCUGACGAGAUACCGACAUGCGCUUGUGGUGGCGUAAUCAAACCGGACAUCGUUUUCUUCGGCGAGGGUCUGCCAGAGCGGUUCCAUGUGUUGCCACAUAAAGAUUUUGCCGAAUGUGAUCUAUUGAUAAUUAUGGGAACUUCCUUAACCGUUCAGCCAUUUGCUUCGCUGGUGGAAUACGUGAAUGACGACUGUGUGCGAUUGUUGAUAAACAGAGAUAAGGUCGGAGGAGGGGGUUAUGGGUUUUUCCGAGCAAUGAUGUUUGGGGAGGGUUUGUGUUUUGAUUUGCCAGGUAAUCGUCGAGACGUAGCCUGGACAGGCGAUUGUGACGAUGGAUGUUUUUUUCUAGCCGACAAACUUGGAAUGGGGGAUGAGCUACGCGAGAUGAUUAAAAUUGAGCAUGCCAAGCUAGAACAGGAUCGACCGAAAAUGGCGGUAGCUGCUACCCCAGAAUUGGCAUCAUCCUCUCCCGAGCAUGUCGCUCGUAAUUCUCAUAACGACGCAUCAGAUGAUACCAAUGAUGCAGAAUCGAAAACGAUAAAGGACGACGAUAAGAAUUGAAUAAGCAACGGGUACAAUAGAGUAACAACUUUCAAUUCCUUGGAACCCCUCAUAAUUUAGUGAAGCUAAUAUUGUUCGAUAAUAUUACGGAGAUAACGUGGAGCUAUACAAUCCCUAUAAAAAUUACACUAUAUGUACCAUGAAUAUGGACGAAAAUAUAAAUUUAUGUAAACUCAAAAGUUAAUGUAUGUAGCACACAUGGAACGUAGGUACCAAGGUCUUGAAUAUAGAAUUUUACACUGUUGACUAUGCUUGAAUAGUAGGUAUAUUCCGUUCUAUUUAUGAGAUAUUUCGGAUACAGAUGAAUUAACGAGACUUCAAUUUCUAUAUUGUAGAGAACAAGCUUUUUAAGAGUCUUGUUUUGCUUUAAUUUGAAAUUAAGCAAUAGUAGGCAGUAAAGUUUAUGACUACGCAGACAUCAAUAGAAAAUUAUAAAUUUAACACCAACAAACAAGUUUGAAUAAAUAAUUAUUGGGA